UGUACACAUUUUGUAGUGAACGGAUAACGACCGUACGACGCAGAGCGUUUACAUAUUACGUUGAGAUUCGUAUUUUCCCGUUCGUGUGCUCUAUGUGUCUGUUUUUUAAUCUAUGCAGUGAGCGCAUAUUUGAAAUUCAAACCGCGUGAUAUACAAACGAUUGAGCAUUGGGAAAAAAGCAGAAGAAAAAGAAGAAGAGCGUUUGGAGAUAAUCGUUUUAAAGUAUUUAGUGCAUAGAGUGAAUAGAAACAAAUUUGGGCAAAAUUACACCCCAUUACAGCGGUUGAAUGUAAAUUGACUUUUAUAACAAAAGUAAAUAUUUUGAGAAAAUAUAAAAAAAACGAGAUUGAACGAAAUAAAAGCAAUGCUAUGCCAUCGAAAUUGCCAGAAGGGAUAAUGAACGUGAGGUUGAGCCGAAAAAAAAUAUUGAAUGUGUGUGUGAACAAACGCAGUGUUUUUGUUUCGUUGCCUCUGUAAAACGACAAAACAAGAGGGUUUCAUUAAUUGUCGAAAAAAGCGAGCCGUUUCGUAAUGAAGUUCGGAAUUAUCCUUUUAAAUUGUGCGUUAAAAAUCGUGGUGUAAUUUAGUGUGUUCACACUUUUUAGACGAGCACGUUUUGGCUGGAGCACGUACAAACUGUUUGUAGUGCAAAAAAAAGGGAAUGACAAUCACAUCAGACUCGGAAUAUUCGGUGUGUGGACUGUCGCAUUUAGUUUAGUUGGUGAUUCGUCCCGAUGCCAAAAGUCGACCAAGUGAAUUGUGAUUAUAUUGAAUAUUAACUUUUAUUUUCAUUCAACCAAAUGACUGUGCUCGUGUUAAACCGCGUAAUGUGAUAUCGUAAAGUGAGCAAAUGCGUAUAAACGAAUCGAAGAGCAAUUGAUAAAAUUCAAUGAUAGGAAAAUUGCUCAGUCAGCCGAACCAACAGAGAAAAAAUAACAGCAAGGGAACGAGGAAAAUCGGCGAUAGAAAGAAGAACAAACGGUUUUUUUUAUAACAAAAACGAACCCUCCACUACUUCAUUGACAUAUAGAGAGUUGGCUGUAGCUAAUGAGAUUGAACUGUGUUAAGCGUGGCAUUAAUUUGCGCGUUCAAUCGCCUAAUUCGGCCAUUGAUUUUCUCAAGCGGGCAAUGUGUGUUUUGAUAAAAAUAAAUAUCGGAAUAAGAUUUUCGAGUUUUUACUGAAUGAACGGUACGACCCCUUAUCUAUUUCGGGUGUGGAAUUAGUUGAGUUGAGAAAGUCAUUUUGGAAACAAAGCACGACAUUGUUGGAAUAUUGAAUUUCGGUAUGAAACGAAUGGUAAAAUCGACGAAAACGGAAAAAAAUACGGAAAAAAGUGGAAACCCACGGCAUCUAAAAUGAGAGCCUAGAGUGAAAGAUUUUCGUUUCUUCUACUUUUGGUGUUUCGGAAGUGUUUUUUACAUAAUUUUCCGUUUUUAUAUAUAUUUUUUGUUCCUUCUUGUAUUUUGUUUUUCGUAAUAACUGAAAUACAUUUGAUAUUGUCGUUUGAAUAAGUGAACCGAGGCCCGACGAAAGUGAAUCGCAUAGAAAGAGAGAUAGAGAGAGAGAGAGAGAGAGAGAGAGUGCGAAGCAAACAAGUGUGACAAGCGCCUGUUUCCAUAUUAUUUUAUCGGUGGAUGGGCAAGAAUGGGACGCCUGCUGCUUCGUCAGCUAAUCCAAAACACCAAAAAUAGCACAACGAGUGAAAAUACAUAAUUUUUAAUAUUGAAUAAAUCUGCCGACAUUGCGAUGGGGGAAGCAAAACAAAACGAAACUGUGCUCGUUCGCGUUUACGAAUGAAGAACCAGAUCCGAGCGAACAAAAAAAUUACGUCACUUUUUUGUGCUCUCGUUCGACAUUAACAAGGUCCAUAACAAGGCGGAAAAUAGACGAACAAAAGCAAAUUAUUUAAAUCAAACAACAAAAAACUGUGUGUGUGUGUGUGUGUGUGGGUGUGUGUGGGUGUGUUUGGGUGUGUGUGUGUGUGUGUGUGUGUGUGUAUUGUUGUGUACGGCGACGGCAAGUGCUGCAAACGUGUAUUAGAAGAAGAACAACAUGAGCACAAUAAAACGGCUGUGAGCCAAAACGAAAUCAUGUUCGCCGAGUCAAGGAUCAGAAAAAAUUCCGUGUUGAUAAAGUGUGAACGAAAAAACCAUUGUUUGCGUGCGUAUAAUAUUCUAUUGUCCGAAAGAAAAACAGAAUGCCACCGCUACAAGACGACGACCAACCGACCGACGAACCAACGUCAACAGCAACAAAAAAAGAACACGCAUACCCAAUUUCAAGGGAGAUUGAUGAAAAAAUUGACUGAGAAAAAUUAAACGAAGCAUUUAUGCCCGUAGGGUCAUCACACUGCUGCACAUUCAUUCAGUGAUUCAAUACAUAUUGUUUUUGGCAUCACGCUCGCGUUGACGCUUCUCAACACAGACAAGUGAAAAGUGCGACAGUUGAAAAGAAACAAAAAUCAAAACAUAAAAUAAACGGACAUUUGAUGGCAACAGAACAGUGAACAGUGACAUUUUGUGAACAAUUUUCAUUUGUGUUGCGUCCGACAGAGAAGCCAUUGCAGCAGAAAAAGAAAAUUGGAAAAUAAAUUAAAAGCAUGUCGUAGAAGUUUUGUUGGGCACUGGAGAUCAGACAGAAAAUUGAAUGGAAUUCGUCGAAUUCGACAGUGUCCGUUGCAGCCGUAAAUAGAUUCUCAUCCCCUCAGUGUAAGCCAGAAAGUCGCGUCAAGGGAGAUUUUCGGCUAACAAACACUCCUCAGUAAACGUUCGAUUAUCAUUAUCGGGAUUUCGAAUUACCGUCGAACCAACAAGAACAACAACAGGAAAAAAAACGAGGAACAAAUACAAACAAAAUAUCGGAAGAAAAAAAAUAGAAGAAAACAAUACGAAAGUAUAAAUAAUCCGACAUAAAGCCGUGGCCUUGAUAAGUUGUUUAUGAGCAUCGAAAAGUUUCGUGGGUGGGUGUGAUGAGAAGAAAAAACUAUUUUGCCAACUUGAAAUUUGUGUGUGGACGAAGCGAAGCGAACGGCUGAUCACGCACAUGCAUAAAAACCAGUGACGACCGUGUAUAGCUCCCACCCCCAUAAAAACGCUCGUGGAAUGAAGCUAUUUCAAAGGUGGAUUUAUGUCUCUGAUAACUGUUUGCACCAACUGCCAAGUUUAUUUUUAUUGUAGUGCGUGUCCGGGUGCAAAAUAAAGAGAAAAAAAUAAAACUUUUCUCAUGUUUGUGAAUGACGAAAAAACGGAAGGAAAAAAAAGUCGCACACCUGAAAAGUGUUUCGGAUAUCGUGGCAACAAAAACUAAAAGCAGAUCUAGUGCAACAGAUAUCGAUUAUCAUCGAAAAUAAACACCGAAAAAACACUGUGAAUCAAGUAAAUCACAUACAGAACAUUGAGUCAAGGAGAGCAUAGCGCCAAAACGAAAAAGAAAACCAGGGGCAGCAGGCCAAAGAAGAAGGAGAAGAAAACUUACGGAAAUCUUGAUUAUGUGCGUCCAUGUUUGAACCAAUUGAAUCGAAUGAAAUGGGAUUCAAGAGGAAAAAGAGUGAAUUUCGAUAGUUGAACGAUAGGAAAAAGUUUUUCGUUGUGCCAUUUUACGAAACACAUUACGAAAGACUACGGCGACGACGACGACAAAGAGGACGACAAGUGUCGCUUUCGUCUUCAUAUGCGACGACGACAUGUGCAAAUGUGUUUUUGCUCUUGUUCUUUUUUUCUUCGGCAAAGCAUUCGCCAAAGCACUUUAAAUAUUUACACAAUUUUGUGUCGCACACCAGCCGUGGAGAGAGACUCUUCGUGUGAGCAGAAUCGAAUGUGUUUGUGUAAUGUGAAACUGGUAUUAAAGAGAGACUGAAUCAGCCAGAGCAAAGUACACAAAAGCAAAUAGACUGCAAUUUAAAAUAAAAAUACUUACAAAUCAAUGUAAAAAAGCGAGCACGUAUUCGUUGCGAUGUUCCGUCUUCAAUUUAAAAGAUACACACACUUCGCAUCGGGCACAGGAGAAGAAAAACAACCACUCGCUUGAAUGAAGAAAACAAAAUAAAAAGAAGAAAAAACAGUGUACGACGACGACUACGUAAACAAUGUUAGCGCAAUUCGGUGCUGAGAAACGACGGCAAGAUCCAGCUGAAUGCGAUGCAAUGACAUCGUUCAAUGGUAAAAACUAAAGAAUUGAAAAUUCAAUGUGCUUUCUACGUGUCUAGUUCAAUGUAUGCUGGAUUUUAAAGAAUUGCUCAGAUUCAAUAGCAGCAGCAGCAGCAAUUCAAUGGCUGUUGGUAUCGAUGUUAUGUGCGCAAAUGUUUGUUUGUAAUGAAAUGAAUGUGUUUAUCAAUGUAAUUCAGGCACGCACGCACUAGAUACUCCCCGGUAAUCAACGAAAGCAAUAUGAAAGAGCUCUAAUAUCGUCAAACAGCACAAGCGAUAUGACACGGCAACCGAAUUGUCAAAACCAGAAUUGAAUCAAGUGCUGCUGGUGUUUUAAAGAGAAGAAAUAAUAUUAAAUAGACGUUGAAAGAUAGCGCACGCGAAACAGAAAGCGACGACGAGCGAACAAAAAAAGCGCACAGAAAAGAUUAUUUUCCUUUUGAAGCGAGCAGAGAUUUCCUGCAAACGAUAUUAGUCGGGCAAAGGCUUACCAUCGACGGGAGACAGGUAGCAAGAAAAUUAUCACUCUAUUCACCGUUAUCUCAUUUAUGCUUCUGUUACACGCACCAAAACAGUGCAUUAAAGAAGACAAGCUUAAGAUAAGAUGAACCAAGUAGUAGAGAGAAAAAAACAGACAGUAGGAAGUAUCCUGUAAAGUGAAAUAACGAGAAACGGAAACAAAAAACCGCCUGACCCAGUGCAAUGAAAAUAACAUGUUGAGCGAAUGAAAAGAGAAAUUAAACAAAAACAACACGAGGAAAAAAGUUGAAAGAAAAUAGAAAACAAGCCGUGACAAACUACGUUUGCAAGACGCCACAAAAGCAUCCAAUUGAUAACAAAAGAAGAAUAAGAAGUGGGAGGAGAAGAAGAAGAGAGAAAAAAAGAGUGGAAAAUAAAAUAAAAGGUGAAUGUGAAAUAAAUUGGAUCUUUGUUUACACUAAACCAAGCGAUUCGUCUUACUAUCAACACCGUAUGAAUCCAAAUGAAAAGCGAAAAAACAUACCAAAAUGAAAUGGGCAAAAGCUGAAACGGAAAUAACUUGGAAGAUACGGUUGGCUUUAAAAAGAGCCAUCCAACUUUUUUGGUGACUUACACCCGAUCCUUCGUCUCAGUCUUUGUCGCCACAGCAGCAGCAACAACAACAGUAGCAUCAUGUGCCAAUGGCAAUACAAACGGCAAAGAGAAUUACUGCUUGGCUGUUCCCGUUUCUAAUUGAUUUCAUCGACAAGGACCCAAAAUUGCAACGACGAACACACCGCAAAAUGAUAUUACCAUUGAAACCGACCGGUUGAACUCUCGAAACAACAAAAAUGAACGGAAAGUUCAAGUGUUUGAUAACAAAGAGUCGACAAAGAAAAACAAUGUAUUAAAGUGACAAACUAACAAACAAACAAAAGACUUUUAAGAACUUGAAAUUGACUUUUGAGACAAUUGAAAGCGAGCACGCAAAUGUUACCAAAAAUGAAUAAAUUUCUACGGGUUUUCAGUGUAUUUGGUGUGUUUGUGAUGGCGAUACCAUUUGCUCAACAGUCCGACUGGCUGACGGAGUGUAGUGUAUGCAAAUGCAAAUGGAAUUCCGGUAAAAAGACGGCCGACUGCAAGAAUACGGCAAUCACCCGAGUGCCGAUCGGUUUGAGCGUUGAACUACAGGUGCUCGAUUUGUCCAAUAACUUUUUACCGGAAAUUGCGUCGUCCGAAUUUGCCGCAGCCAAUCUACGAAAUUUACACAAACUAUUCGUACGAAAUGCCACAUUAAAGCAAAUUAAUCGUGACAGUUUGAAAGGUUUGGAGAUCCUAAUUGAAUUGGAUCUAUCGUAUAAUCUGUUGGAAGUGCUACCGCGUAGUGUAUUCAAUAAUUUAGUUAAACUGCGAGCCCUUAUGCUCAACAACAAUAAACUGAAGCGACUGGAGGACGGUCUGUUUCGUAAUUUGAAAUUUCUCCAUAAAAUCGAAUUGAAAGAGAAUCAAUUGAUGCACAUUGAAACGCGAGCAUUCACCAAUUUACCCGUACUGACGCAAAUCUAUUUGGAUGGCAAUCAAUUGACCGUUCUGCGACGCGAAUGCUUUCAGCAUUUGGAAAAAUUGACGGGUCUGUCAUUGAAACAGAAUCCAUGGAAUUGCACGUGUGAAUUGCGUCCAUUUCGGGAUUUUACGUUCGAACAAAAUUUGUAUACGCCACCAACGGACUGCUUUUAUCCGGAGAAUUUACGUGGUACACUGUGGACGGAUGUACCACUUGAGGCGUUUGCAUGUCGGCCUAAAAUUCUAUUCCCAUUAAUUGGCGAAGCAACAAUUAGUUCGUAUAGUGAGAAUGCGACCAUAACGUGCCGCAUUCAUGCGUCGCCAAACACUGUAAUUACCUGGACUCAUAAUAAACAUGCGCUGAGCAAUUAUCCAAAGCGAAUUUUCAUUAAAAACCUAUCGGAAUCAGCGAGUGCCCAUGACUCAAGUGAAAUUAUCACAUCCGAAUUGACAAUUUUGAGCGCGCGUCGAACUGACGAAGGCAUGUACACGUGUACAGCACAAAAUGUUGGCGGCAAAGCUGAAAUCGAUAUACAAUUGUUGGUAGGGCGUGAUGGUAACGGGAUGCUAUUUAUAACGAAUCAAAUGCUUUUUGUGUUGUGUUUAAUGGCCGUGGGUCUGUUAAUAGUCUCUCUGGUUAUUAUGAUUGUUACCUGUUGCUAUUGUCGCAAAUUCAAAAAUCUCAUUAAACAUGAUUUGGACGAUGGCAUGAAUGGCAUCAGCCUCGGAGCUGAUGGCACACUCAAUGGCACUAAUGGAAAAAAGCAUUUCCAGGCGAUUAAAUUGAAUUCAUUUAAUAAUGCCACCAUGAUUGGAAACGGAAGCUGUGUUGUGGGCAAUACAAUGGUUGUUAACGGCAUCGACGAUGACACCGAUGCCGAUGUGAUAGCGAAUAAAAACGGUGGCAUUAAAAUUACCAACGACUCGGAUAUGGAGAAAUUUGCAUCGAUCGAAUUCAAUCGUACAAACAUCAAAUUGGAUACUAGAUCGGAUACAAUUCGAGCUGAUACACACGACGCCAACAAAUCGCACAUCAAUCUAAGCGAUAAAAAAUCGGAUACGUCAGAUGUUCGAUUGCAUCAAAUCGUGUCAACGUCGUCAAGCGGUGGUGUCAUUGGAUCACCGAGUCGUCAAAUGUUUGCAUCGUCCAACGAACAAUCACUGCAUCAUCAACAGACGAUGCAACGGCAUACAGACUCACGUCUUCCACCCGAUCUUCUCGCGUACGGCCAACAUCAAUCAUUAGUUUCACAAAGUAGUUUAAAGAACAGUAGCAGCAGUAGCACCGGCAGCAGUACAUCGACAGCAAUCUUGGACCAUCGAAUUCAAACCACACACAAUGGCAAUAACAGCAACAACAACAGCAACAGUAGCGGAAGCAAUCGCUUUGCUUUCGCCUUUACCGACGAUAGACUGAGUGAGAAUUUGGACGACGACGAUGACGAUGUAACGGAUAUGCAACAAUUAUUUGUGCGUCAUACGCCCAUCGAAGAGCCCGACCUAAGAAUUUAUCAUAACGAUAAUGUCAUAGCAAAAACGAGCAAAUCAUAUGCAAAAUUAAAUUCACCAUCGCCCACGAUAUCAACACAUUCCAUGAUGUUGGCAACGAAUAAAUUAACAGCUGCCAAUCCAACGCAUCGUACCACAAAUAUUUAUGAAUUAACACCGGCAUCGACCAUCCUGAACACCAACUACAGCAGCAGCAGUAGCAGCAGCGCUGGCGUCAGCAAACACUAUUCAACCAACAAAACAAAUCCAUCGAAAACGUCAACGCUGCAGCAAAUGCAUCCCAAAGUCACCAAAGUUAUAGAUAAUGAUAGCGGCAUAAAUUGUAAGCCACGACAAUCAGUUGUCCGAACAUCACCGUCAUUCAGCUUCCUGUCGACCGGCUACAAUCAACAACCAGAUAAUUUUCUAUGAUGCUUCGGCCAAUUGUCCAAUUUUGUAACUGUUGAAACAAAAUUUAUUGUCCAUAUUACCUUUUAAAUGUAAAUGCUCAGCUCAUUCCGUAUUGAAAUGUAAAAGUUUUACCGGAUUUUUUCUUCUUCAAACAAUGAAUUGAAUGAAUAAUAAUUUUUAAGUAAAAAAUGGGUAUUCAUUCAUUAGAGGCGGCUGUCAUUUUACAUGGAUUGAUUGAAAAAUAUACAUAUUUGGGGCAACAAAACAAAUGAAUAUACUAUUUUUUUCGGUGGCCUUUUUAUCUCUUUUUCUCUUCUAUAUUUGCCGUGAUCUGAACAGAAAUUAAAUUAAUCCUGAAUUGCUUUUCGCCGUUAAUGGCGUUUGAUUGCAUUUUUGUUACAUUGAGUUCGGAAAUAAUUCAAUGUAAAACAAUGGAUGGGAAAAAAGGCAGCUCUCAACAGAAAAUCAAUAUAUAUAUUUCCUGUUACUAUUUCUGUACUACCUUCUGCCUGCCGCUCGCUCGAAUUAUAUGGAAAAAGUCAAAGCCAAUGAAGAAAAUAAAAACGAAUAUCUGUGCGGAAAUGGAGACCGGUAAUAACUUGAGGGCAAUAAAUGUAUGACAUUCCAAACGUAUUCAUGAUUUACAAUUCAUUGUAAUUAGUUGCAAGCUGCUGGCUAAUUGCUUACUAAUUAUUAUUAUAUCAAAGUGAUUUCAGUGAAAUAAUUAAUGAAAUCCAUGAAUGGGAUUGAACAUGACCAGGAAAAAAGAAUGAAAACCAAAAAUCCCAUGUUCAAAAAUAAAAAUAUAUCGAAAUUCCAACGCAUGAAAUGGUUGUUCAUAUUUAAUGAGAGAAUGAGGUAAAAAUGUUUUUGUAUAAUUCAUGUGGUGCAAUCGACCAAACCAAAGCUUCGACCAGACGUUGUUUUUUUUAUGCCCGUUCGGGCUAUAUAGUUAAAAUCUAAUGGGACAUAAAAUUAUAGCAAACAAUUUCGCCCGGAAGGCGAUUACAAUAAACAAUGUCGUUUUUAGAAGCAAACACGUCUUUUUUUUAGAAGCACGUUAUUGUGCUGUAACAUUUUCAUUAACAAUUUAAAACGGGCUCUCGGAAAAAGAUCACACAUUUGAACUAUAUGCAGUUACCAACUAGAAUCUCUCCGAAAUCAUUUCAUUUCAAAACACAUAACAACAACAACAAAAACUAAAUUACAAAAAAAAACAUUAACCAAAUGUAAAGAAAAUUAUUAUUAACUUGGAUGUGAAAUUUGUUUUAUAUUUUAUGGAAGUGUACCAAAUUAAGAGGAAAUAUAUUUAAUGGAUAUUUUAGCAAAUAAUUCUAGGUAAUAAUGUGUUAGUUUAGAACAAAUAGCUCUAAAUUAACUUGAAUAAGUAAAUAAAAUUUCAACAACAGAUAAAAGGGGCGGCUUCUGGAUGUUUUGUGUCGAUAUUUCACACAUCACAAAUGAUAGGUGUGAUUUCAUGGGAAUGUAUUUCAAUGCACGUGAAUCGAAAUCAACUGACAAAUAAUAAUCAACAGGAAAAAUCUCCCGUGCAAAAACCAAUAACUAUUUGAAAUAUGAACAAUUUUAAGCGAGCUAAUUGAAUAAAAUGGCUCCGCAAUACGGCUGAAUGUGUCUAGGUAAUGUUUAGGCGUGUUUAUUGAAAAUCGUUGAUCCAUUAUUAUCAGCAGUAAUUACAACAACUCUAUUGAAAACAUUUUAUUAAUUCCAUAACCGAAUGUGUGUAUGUACCAUAUUUAUAAAUUCCAACAGCCCACAACAACAACAACAUUUACCGCUAGUAAAGCAAAGUAAUUACUAAUAAUAGAUAAAAGGGUUUAUCAAAAAUAACAAACACAAAACAUAUAAUUAACCAUAUUUACAUAGACUGUCAUUAAAAACUAAACAACAUCCUUCAGCUAAUAAUAAUCCAAAACAAUUUUAAUAGGGACAAUGGUGAAAAAUUGAAAAUGGUUAUGCAUGGAACAACUAGUUGAAUUAUUCAAAUGUCGUCACAAAACAGAAAACAGCAACAACUGAUAAACGAUGGGAUCGAAAGGAAAUUAUAUUGAUCGAAAGCCUAGUGUAAAUACAGACAAAUUAUAUAUGACUAUUAUGUGCGAUGUGCCGUGAGUAAAAUUAUGAUCGGAUUUUUUUUUUCGUUGGAAAUGUAAUGACAUUAAAGCUCUUCAAGGGUAACACAACUUAAAACUCUAAAUUUAGGUUGAAUUCUUCCAAGAUUUGCUAUGAAUCCAAUAUUCAUCACUUCCAAUUUUAUCACAGUACCAAUUUAUCUUGUUAUUCGUCGAAGAAAAUCAUCACCAAUUCUAUUGUAUCCCACUUUUAGUCCAAAAAAAAAGAAGAAUCCAAAAGUCAAACCGUGUUUUCACGGAACAAAUCAAAAUUUUGCUCACGGUCCAUUCCAACUAAUUGUACUAUAAACUAAUUGUAAUGAGAUUUUAGUUGUCAAAUCCGACCCAUGAUGGGUAUUUGCAUUUUAAAAUUGGAAAAAUGGAUUUCUUUUUAUACACAUACAAAAAUCUAUGGAAAUAUUUAAACUAAUUUAGCUAUAUAAAUUUCAUUCUGUCAAAAGAGCAAAGAAUUAAAGAGAAAUAGACAAAUUACAAUUGAUGGAACAACAACAACAAAGAAAAUAUACUGUUUGAUUAGAGAUUGGGCUAAUUAAAUGAUGUAUCUAUGAUAUCUAAUGUAUAAAUAAAGAAAAAAAAUGUUCAAAGUAAAAA